AAAGGACUGAACUCAACAAGAAGAAGAUGUCUUCUUAGAAAACAGCAACCAAAUCAGACGUGAAACCCAUCUUGGUGUUGUGAAGAUCAACUCCUUCUUCAUGUUGUUGUGCAGACGAGCUUUUAGUCAGAUCUUACAGUUUAAACGGAAAGUGAUGACACUUUUGAGGCAUAAAAACUUAGACAGUUGGCUAGUGUGAGAGCGCUGAAAGUAUAAACACCACAGCAGCAGCAGUGAGGGGCGGAGGAGGCAGGAAGACAAAACCAGGUAAGGAAAUAAUGACACAGAUUAUGGUUAGAGUCUGAGAAGAGAAGAGAAGCCGAGGCACUCACCUACAGGAAGUUCGACAAAACAAUAGAAGCAGAAUACAGGGAGAACUUCACCGAAGAAUGGGGACUGUGCAAUACUUCAUGGCUGUGCUGUUAUCUGCACAGUUGGUGCUCAACUCUCCCACGAGGUUGAAGAGGAUGGCGGAUAACAAGAAGUGUAUCGAAUGCCCUGCAGGUGAAUUUCAGAAGUCUUGUUACGAGUGCAAACCAUGUCCUGAUGGAUAUUACACCGAAAGGAGCAACCAGGAGCCUUCGUGCCAUCCAUGCUUCAGAGACUGCCUACCAAAGUAUCAUCUGAAAGAAGUUCAGAGCUGCACCAGAACAACCCCCUUGAAAUGCGAGUGUGAGUCUGGUUUCAGAUGCAUAGACGUGGAUCCCAAAGGGAACUGCAAGCAGUGUGAAAAAAAUAAACCCCCACCAGCAGUGACUGUGGGCAAAGACAGACAGACUACCUCACCUCAGGAUAAACCCUGCAGCUCCUCCAGGUGCGGUCCUCCUGCUCCGGCCCCCACUAAUCCCAAACCAGGACACACAAGCGCUGAGCUGGCGGCCAUUUUGGGCCCGGUGGUCUUCAUAGGAUGCAUGGCACUUGUGAUCAUGUUCUGCAUCUAUCAGCCCCGGGAUGAAACGUGUUUCCGACAAAUUAUUGCAAAGCUGUGUAAUGAGGAAGGGCAAAAUGGCAGUCGCAAGGCAAAGGAGUCGACUCAUCAGUUCCCCAGAGACACUGCGAAGCAGCAGACGUCCCCUCUUUCAGACGCCAGUCUUGGUCCAGUCCAGGUCCACAAUCCAGGCACGGUCAUCUUCAGCUUGCUCAGCCACUUCACCGGUCCGGUGGGGCCGACGGAUCUGAACGGAAAGAGAGCGGAGAGGGCGAGCCACGAGGAAGAAGAUGAGAGAGACUGUCCCGUGUUUCAUCCCACGCCUUCUCCGAGUAUCCACCUCUCUAAAGAAGAGGGCGGCGGUGAGACGGAGGAUGUUUUCUUCCCCUCACAGGAGCAGGGGAAGGACUUCCACGUGUCGAAGGAGGAGGCGCUGUGAUGUGUCAAAAUGAUCCGAGAUUUGUUCUGGAGGACAUGCUGGACUCGUUUAAAGAGAGGAAAUGUAAACCUUGAAAACACAAACACAGGCAGGAGGAGAAAAAGAUCCAUCUUCCUCUGGCAAACUGUGAAAGGAUCACAGUUGUAUUUUUUCCCCUGGUGGUUAAGGAAACCAACAUCACGCCUAACUUUGAUGAAAGCGGGAAUUGUGAUAUUUUUGUAAUUUAUAAUUUAAAAACUUUUGUAAAUAUUAUACAUAUAAUACUAGAUUUGACUUGAGACACUUUGAGGGAAAUAUUUGUUUUAUUUUGCAUAAAGAAAAAUAAAGAAAUACAGAGGUUUUCA